ACGAUUUGACCUCCUACCCUUCGGGAUCUUACAGUCUAGAAUCAGGCCCUGUCACAUUUUAUUGGGGGUGGAAUUCGAGGAAAUCUCCUUGGAGAAAGUAGCAGAUGGGCGGGAUUUCAACUGGAGAGAAUGGAGGAAAUAAAAUAAAAUGGUCAUUCCGAGUCAAGAGAACUGCUUGAGCAAGGAAGAAGGAGGUUUGUAUUUUUGUUCAACAGAGAGUAUUAGGAGCUAAGCCAUUAAAGGUAGGUGGGCCCAGUAUUGUGGAGGCAGAGGAGUUUGCCUAAUUCAGGGACCUGUUGAGAGCCAGUCAUUGGAGGUGUUGGAGUAGGGAAAGUAGUGGGAUUGAAGCAGAUCCUUAUGAAGAAAGAUCUGGACCCCUGUGUAGCAGUUUGGUGAAGCAGGACGUGGAGACCCAUUAAGAUGCCACUUCAAUAACUAAAAUUACCUUUGAAGAGACAAUUUAGGUGGGAGGUAAUAAAGAGCUAAACAGGACAUUAGCAUGUAAAGGAGAGGAGAGGAUAUUUGAAGUACAUGACUCAUAAUAGCAAGGCAUGAGGUUACUGACAGGUUGACAGAAGACAGUAGCUUCUUCAUCCCCUCCUAACUCUGGCCAGUGGGCCCCUUUCUAACUCAGCUGGUCCUAGGGACCACAAAAAUUCUGUCCAUCCAUUAUCCUGAUGUGAAGCCAGUUAUAUUGUUCUCUCAGGUUUAAGGAAUCUACAGACAUAGUCAUCUGGCAGGAAACAGGUCUUGAAAAUGCCUUGGGGCCUGUAAGAUUCAGUGUUUUCCUUUCAAGAUGCCCCUCUCAGACUUUGUUCUGGCCCUGAAGGACAAUCCCUACUUUGGGGCUGGAUUUGGGCUGGUGGGUGUGGGCACAGCCCUGGCCCUGGCCCGGAAAGGUGCCCAACUGGGUCUGGUGGCAUUCCGGCGCCAUUACAUGAUCACACUGGAAGUCCCUGCUCGAGACAGGAGCUAUGCCUGGUUGCUUAGCUGGCUCACCCGCCACAGUACCCGAACUCAGCACCUCAGUGUCGAGACUUCGUACCUUCAGCACGAGAGUGGCCGCAUCUCCACUAAAUUUGAAUUUGUCCCCAGCCCUGGAAACCACUUUAUCUGGUAUCAAGGGAAAUGGAUCCGGGUGGAACGGAGCCGAGAGAUGCAGAUGAUAGACCUGCAGACGGGGACCCCCUGGGAAUCUGUCACCUUCACGGCUCUGGGCACUGACCGAAAGGUCUUCUUCAACAUCCUGGAGGAAGCUCGAGAGCUAGCCUUGCAGCAGGAGGAAGGGAAGACAGUGAUGUACACAGCUGUGGGCUCUGAAUGGCGCCCCUUUGGCUAUCCACGCCGCCGCCGGCCACUGAAUUCUGUGGUUCUAGAACAGGGUCUGGCUGACCGAAUUGUCAGAGACAUCCGGGAAUUCAUCGAUAACCCCAAGUGGUACACUGACAGAGCCCUGGCUGGGGAACUGCAGCACAGCAUCUGCCUGCUGAGUCUCACAGACUCCAGCCUCUCUGAUGACCGGCUCAACCACCUGCUGAGCGUGGCACCGCAGCAGAGCCUGGUGCUCCUGGAGGACGUGGAUGCUGCCUUUCUCAGUCGAGACCUGGCUGCGGAGAACCCAGUAAAGUACCAAGGUCUAGGUCGUCUCACUUUCAGCGGCCUGCUCAACGCCUUGGAUGGCGUGGCUUCCACUGAGGCACGCAUUGUGUUCAUGACCACCAACCAUGUUGACAGGCUCGACCCUGCCCUGAUACGCCCUGGGCGAGUAGACCUGAAGGAGUACGUGGGCCACUGCUCACGCUGGCAGCUGACCCAGAUGUUCCAGAGGUUCUAUCCAGGGCAAGCAGCUUCCCUGGCUGAGACCUUUGCAGAUCGUGUCCUUCAAGCUACAACUCAGAUCAGUCCUGCCCAGGUGCAGGGCUACUUCAUGCUGUAUAAAAGUGACCCUGCAGGGGCAAUUCACAAUGCAGAGUCUCUGAGGAGGUGACAACUGGGCUGUGCCCAACCCUCUCCUCCUCCAGGGGAUCAAUAAACACC